CGGUCGAAGUGCGUUCGUGCCGCUGACCGCGGGAGGACCCUCACAGCCCACCUGUCCGCCCCAGGGCCUGCUUCACAGAACCAUGUCUACCAACGGCACAGAAGCCACCGCCAACACCCAGGCGACAGGAGAAGAACCGGUCCAGCAGCCCAGCGUGGUGGACCGCGUGACCACCAUGCCCCUCAUCAGCUCCACCUGCAACAUCGUGUCCGCCGCCUACACCUCCACCAAGGAGAGCCACCCCCACGUCAAGACUGUGUGCGACGCGGCCGAGAGGGGCGUGAAGACCCUCACCGCGGCGGCCGUCAGCGGGGCCCAGCCCAUCCUCUCCAGGCUGGAGCCACAGAUCGCCUCGGCCAGUGAAUACGCCCACAGGGGUCUGGACAAGCUAGAGGAGAACCUGCCCAUCCUGCAGCAGCACACGGAGAAGGUUUUGGCUGACACCAAGGAGCUCGUCUCGUCCAAGGUGUCGGGGGCCCGAGAAGCCGUGUCCAGCGCCAAGGACACAGUGGCUACGCGAGUGACGGGGGCGGUUGACAUGACCCGGGGUGCCGUGCAGACUGGUGUGGAUGCGACCAAAUCCGCAGUGACCAGCGGCGUCCAGUCAGUCAUGGGCUCCCGUGUGGGCCAGAUGGUGCUGAGCGGGGUGGACACGGUGCUGGGCAAGUCGGAGGAGUGGGUGGACAACCACCUGCCCAUGACGGAUGCUGAGCUGGCCCGCCUCGCCACGUCCCUGGAGGGCUUCGACAUCGCGUCGGUGCAGCAGCAGCGGCAGGAGCAGAGCUACUUCGUGCGCCUGGGCUCCCUGUCGGAGCGGCUGCGCCAGCGGGCCUACGCGCACUCGCUGGGCAAACUGCAGCUCACGCGCCAGCGUGCGCAGGAGGCGCUGGUGCAGCUGGCGCAGGCGCUCAGCCUGAUGGAAAAUGUCAAGCAAGGAGUCGAUCAGAAGCUGGUGGAGGGCCAGGAGAAACUACACCAGAUGUGGCUCAACUGGAACCAGAAGGAGCUCCAGGGCACAGAGGCGAACCCAGCCAAACUAGAGCAGGUGGAGACCCGGACGCUCACCAUGUUCCGCGACAUCACACAGCAGCUGCAGAGCACCUGCGCCUCGCUGGGCUCCAGCAUCCAGGGGCUGCCCAGCCACGUGAAGGACCAGGUGCAGCAGGCCCACCGCCACGUGGAGGACCUCCAGGCCACCUUCGCGGGCAUCCAUUCCUUCCAGGACCUUUCCAGUGCGAUCCUGACACAGAGCCGGGAGCAGGUGGCCAAGGCCCGAGAAGCGCUUGACCACAUGGUUGAGUACGUGGCCCAGAACACGCCCAUCACGUGGCUGGUGGGACCCUUCGCCCCGGGUAUCGUUGAGAAAGCCCCGGAAGAGAAGAAGUAGGACGGGAAGGAGGGACUUAGUCUCCCCCGGAGGGGCGGGCCCGAGCCCUGCGCCUGAGCCCUGCACCCCCCGCCCCAGCCCAUCUCUGCUGCCACCUGGGAAGCUGGAAACUGACCCGUCCUUACCCCUCCCUGCGCUCAGAGGCAGCGCGGCCUGAGCCUCACCUCCUCGGUCAUCGGGGAAGUUUCCAGAAAAAAAAAUGCUUUUUAGGAGGUCCUCCGUCUCCCUGGUUUCUUUUUUCUUAAAAAACCGGGGACAAAUCAAAAACAACAACAAAAAAAAACAGGGACAGAUUUCUUCUAUCCCAGCCUCCUUUUCUAAAUCACACCCCUGGAUAGCGGCCUUUAACUAACAGGCUUGGGACUUCUGGCCUCUGAAGUGGGGGAUGGGAUGGAGGCAGAGCCGCUGUGGCCCGUCCUAGAGGAGAUGGGGACUGAGGUCGGCCUGACUGGCGGUAGGCGCGGGGGGCUUCAGCAUUGCCUUAAUAAAUUUUACCUGCAGCUAA